AUGAUACCCUCGAACACAAUAUGCGUGUCCCAAGAAGGCCCCGCGAACGCUUUAGCUCUAAACAAAGAUUGCUCGCAAGUUGUUAUAGCUGGGCGCAAUGUAUUUAAAGUGUUCUCAAUUGGUGAAAAUGAUUUUUCCGAAGUUUGCAACUUAAGAGUGGGAAAGAAUUUAAAUCUUAAUUUUUCAUCAAUUGAUGUGGCCUGGAGUACAAUAGAAGAAAAUACCUUAGCAACUGCAGCAACUAAUGGUGCAGUAGUUGUGUGGAACCUGGGCAGGUCUGGCAGAUCUAAACAGGAACAUGUCUUCUCAGACCACAAGAGAACUGUCAAUAAGGUCAGUUUCCAUCUAACUGAGCCAGCACUUCUCAUAUCUGGCUCUCAAGAUGGUAUGAUGAAAUGCUUUGACCUGCGAAUGAAAGAAGUUGCCAGGACUUUCAUAAGUAAUACAGAGUCUAUCCGAGACGUUCAGUUUAGUCCACACCAAGCAAACACUUUCGCCGCCGUCUCCGAGAACGGCAAUGUCCAGCUGUGGGACGUGAGGCGACAUGAACGGUGUCUUCUCCAGUUCACGGCGCACUCAGGGCCGGUUUUCGCUUGCGAUUGGCAUCCUGAGAUGCCCUGGCUGGCUACUGCUUCCAGAGAUAAAACUAUCAAGGUGUGGGAUAUAUACGGCAAACCUAAUUUGGAGCACACCAUAUACACCAUAGCGUCCGUGGGUCACGUCAAGUGGAGACCGCAGAAAAAGUACCAAGUAGCAUCUUGCGCGCUAGUCCUGGACUGCGCGGUCCACGUGUGGGACGUGCGUCGCCCACACGUCCCUCUCGCGACAUUCGCUGAACAUCGUGACGUUACAACUGCAAUCGCUUGGCUUGCCGAGCCACAGUCGUUUUUGUCUACGAGUAGAGACUGCAGCUUGUACCGUCACCGGUUCAGCGAGGCGGCGCACCCGGUGCUGUGGGCCAACCCCCAGAGCGUGUGCGUGUCGGCGCGGGGCGAGCUGGCCCACGCCGCCCCCGAGCGACCCCUGCCCGCCCCCACCAUGGCGCCCGCCGCGCCCGACCGACACGUGCCCGGACUAGGACGCAAACAUCCUACGGCGGGCGCACUAUCGAGUGCAGCUCAAGCACAACUAGAGAGAGCCUUCCCAGGAGGUGCUUCAUCGACUCUAUGCCGGUACCGAGCCGCUUCGGACCGGCCGACCGUGCCCAACGGUUUACCGCAAGCCGCCCUGCCCCAGGGCACAGAACCUCAGGGUAGAGCACUGCCACUAGACUCCCUGUUGCCCCAUGUUGCAUCGGAGCCUCGCGCUGCACCGUUACACUCGGCCCUGGUGUACUGCGCUCUCAACUAUAAAAUAAGAGGGGGCAGUCCACACGAGUUGGCGGCUCAUAAUGCUGAGGUUGCCAGGUCGCAAAAUAGACAUAUGGUGAGUCAUGUUUGGGAGAUAGUCCGCUGUGAGUACAGUUCGCGCGCGGCGGCAGGGCGGGGCACCCCCGCGCCGCCCCCGGCCCGUGACAGCCUGCCCACACGCCCCGAGCCGCCUCCGUUACCGCCCUACAACUACACUUACACCACCAAUGCUGUAGAAGAGGAACCCUUAGAAGAAGUGGAAGACUGGGCGGAGACACAGUUCCACAACAGUGGGGUGUUGGGCAAACCCACGUUGAGCAUAUACAUACCCCCGAACAAACAACCUGCACACGUUAGGAAUGAUGACUCAGCCGGCUGGGUGUCAGCCGCUUCAGCUCACUACGUGGACGUGGACGCUGUGGACUGGACCCUGCCUGAAGAGGCCUUCCCUCUAAGGACGGCUCCCCCGCCCCCGGCGCCGCAGCACCAUCAACAGAUUCACACGUCGCCAGUACACCACCAACACCAACAUCACGACGAGAAGGACCCCAUCCCGUCUCAUCGCGGCAAUGGCGGUGAUGGUAUGUCUCCUGGAGGCAGUUCCUCUCCAGGGUCGGGCUCAAGUGGUUCAGCGUGUACCGCGCCACCUAACCUUCAAGCACAUUACAACAAUAUACAGGCGGAGGGCGGGGCGGGCGAGGCGGGGGCGGGGGGCGCGCUGGCCGUGCGCGAGGCCGCGUGCUGGCGCGCGCCGCUGGAGCUGGCGCCGCUGCUGGCCGCGGCCCUGCGCGCGCACGCCGACCUGGGCGACGUGCAGACCGCCGCCGUCGUCAUGCUCGUGCUUCAGGACCACAGGAGUGACCUGUAUCCAUAUAUUGAGGAAAGUCUACAAGAGCAUUGGUUACUCGGUUACAUCGAACUGCUGCAGAGACAUAAAUUAUACAACGUUGCAACGGAGGUUGUCCGUUGCGCGUGGUUGAGCUCUGUGUGGGUGCUCUCGCAGCAGUCCACGGUGGUGGCGGUCUGCUGCGGGCGCUGCGGCCGCCGCACGAGACCGCACGCGCCCUGCGACUCCUGCCACCCGCUGCUGCGCCACACGCCGGACCUGUGCGCGGUGUGCCACCAGGUACCUGCCCCCCUCCUAUGUACAGUUAGGUGUCGCACGGCUCCUGCGACUCCUGCCACCCGCUGCUGCGCCACACGCCGGACCUGUGCGCGGUGUGCCACCAGGUACCUGCCCCCCUCCUAUGUACAGUUAGGUGCCGCACGGCUCCUGCGACUCCUGCCACCCGCUGCUGCGCCACACGCCGGACCUGUGCGCGGUGUGCCACCAGGUACCUGCCCCCCCUCCUAUGUACAGUUAGGUGCCGCACGCCUCCUGCGACUCCUGCCACCCGCUGCUGCGCCACACGCCGGACCUGUGCGCGGUGUGCCACCAGUUAGGUGCCGCACGCCUCCUGCGACUCCUGCCACCCGCUGCUGCGCCACACGCCGGACCUGUGCGCGGUGUGCCACCAGGUACCUGCCCCCCUCCUAUGUACAGUUAGGUGCCGCACGGCUCCUGCGACUCCUGCCACCCGCUGCUGCGCCACACGCCGGACCUGUGCGCGGUGUGCCACCAGGUACCUGCCCCCCCUCCUAUGUACAGUUAGGUGCCGCACGCCUCCUGCGACUCCUGCCACCCGCUGCUGCGCCACACGCCGGACCUGUGCGCGGUGUGCCACCAGGUACCUGCCCCCCCUCCUAUGUACAGUUAGGUGCCGCACGCCUCCUGCGACUCCUGCCACCCGCUGCUGCGCCACACGCCGGACCUGUGCGCGGUGUGCCACCAGUUAGGUGCCGCACGCCUCCUGCGACUCCUGCCACCCGCUGCUGCGCCACACGCCGGACCUGUGCGCGGUGUGCCACCAGGUACCUGCCCCCCUCCUAUGUACAGUUAGGUGCCGCACGCCUCCUGCGACUCCUGCCACCCGCUGCUGCGCCACACGCCGGACCUGUGCGCGGUGUGCCACCAGGUACCUGCCCCCCCUCCUAUGUACAGUUAGGUGCCGCACGCCUCCUGCGACUCCUGCCACCCGCUGCUGCGCCACACGCCGGACCUGUGCGCGGUGUGCCACCAGAUCGUUCGCGGUCUAUACGCCUGGUGUCAGGGAUGUUCUCACGGUGGUCACCUUCAUCACAUGCGCAAGUGGAUGGAACAGCACCAACUGUGUCCAGCUGGUUGCGGGCACACCUGUCAGCUUGGCUGACAUCAGCACCCUGA